AUGAGUUAUUCUGCCACGCAGUCCAUAGCCCAUCUCAAUACCAACAUGGAUCCAGACUACGACUCUUUCCUCAACCUCGAGAAUGACUUUACACCUAGCUCAACCUCUCCAGGCUUGAAGUCUGUGCCGAUGCUGACUCCCCAAUCGUCGAUUCCGAAUUCCACCGCCACUUUUGCGUCGAACUCGAACCCUCAAACAUUUCCCGGGCCCAGCUUUCAAUACGAUGCCUAUCAUCAACAGACCGGUAUCCCCAUCGGAGCGUUAGCGAACACAUUUAACAUCAAUAAGUCUACGGGCCUUUACUACCACGAAGGGAAUGGGGGCUUUAUUAUGCCCACUGAAACAUUGAACAUGCCCUUGAGCAACCUGGACGAGUUCGACUUUUCUCGCAACCCAUCCGACAUGGAUUUCGAGGCUGAAUCUCCCAACGAUAUGCAAAACAUGUUUUCCUCGGACGGUUCAUCUCAAUUUGUUAGCCCCAACACGUUGCUGACGCCAAACAACGGGUCUACAUCGAUUCCGCGUAUUUACCCCGGCAUGCAUAGCCAACAGGCGGCUCUGGCGAAAGCCCAGCAGGCGCAGAAGCAGGAACAAAUGGCUCGCCAACAGCAACAGCAGCGUCCAAACGGACAGAAGCCACUUCCCGGUCCUCUCCCUACUCGGGCCCAACAGGUCAAGGAUCCUCUGGUGGAAGAAAGUAUCUCCAAGGUCUUGAACCGCAUGAGACAAGCCAGCGUUGCUUCCACUGUCGAGGAUGACAAGCCCUCCAAUGGUAGCGCAUCCGGAAUGCCUCGCAUCAAGAAGGACGAAGACGAGAUGGAUGAGGACGAACGCCUCCUGGCUAGCGAGGAAGGAAAGAAAUUGUCCAGCAAAGAACGCCGCCAGCUCAGGAACAAAGUGUCUGCUCGAGCAUUCCGUUCUCGCAGAAAAGAAUACAUCAAUCAGCUUGAAGGCGAAGUUGCAGCCAAAGCGCAAGAGGCUAAUGAUCUCCGGGCUCAAAACCAACAGCUCCGUGAAGAGAACAACCGCCUCUCCGACCUCACGCGCAUGCUCCUGUCCUCACAGGCGUUUGCUGGUUUCCUGCAAGAGCUCAGCCAGUCUGGCUUGCCGCCGCCCAGUAAUUUGGGCAAUACUCAGCAGCAGAAACCUGUCCAGACCCAACCGCAACCUCAACAUAUCAAGAAGGACAUUGGUCCCCACGAGGCUACCCAACAGAUGCAGCAUCAGCAGCCCCAGGUUGGCAUGGCUCUAAUCCCAGAGACGCCAAUGGACUUCUCUGCUCUGCAGCCAUCGAAUUCGUGGAUGACUCCUCUUCCCACCAACGACUUCCAGGUUUACGCCGUGACCGAGUUGCCGGAGCCACCUGUCCUGGAUCUAGACAGUCUAUAUGAGAAACCAGACACGGGUUAUGUCAGGAGCGCGUCAAAGUUGGCGAAAGACGUCCCCCAGCUUCCCGUUGCUCCAGCUGUCGUCGAGGCCGAAUCAGCAGCGCUUCAAGUCGACGAGUCAGUCGACUUAGACUCCGAAGCCUUCGCCUUGUACUUCGACUCGCCCGCUACCGUUCUGAAUGAACCAUGUCAACAUGCUGUCUUGUCGACCGACCAGCUUUCAGACGAAGAGUGCGCUGUUCGACUGCACAAGAUGUGCUCCAAUCUUGAUGACAUCUUUGACAGAUUGGCUGAUUUCAUCCCGGACAUGGACUGA